UUCUCGAUCGGGGUCCUUUCAGGAACGGACAGGAGCCGUGCACCGCCGCCUCGCGGACACCGCAACUCUCCUUUAAUCCUCUUAAAGAGUCCGCCUGCCGACUGCUAGGAUGCAGAACCUGCUGAGCUUCCUCUCCAACGCGUUGUGUCGGAUCACCGGCAGGAAUUCGGGAGCCCAAACUGUGUCGGAGUUGCUGAUCGGCCUGUCUGAGUACGUCAGUCUAACCUCACCGUCGGCGCCCGACUUGGCACAGACUCAGCGGCUGCCGCCCAAACCUCCGCCGGUAGUCGCCCUUAGAGCUAGCGCGGCGCUCUUAGCUAGCACAUCAUUAGCAGCCGCAGCAGCUGCCCGUGUCGUUGCUUCCCGCUCCUCCGCUGACUUUACACCUCAGGUGGCAUUGGACAUCAAGAAAUGCGAUCUGCACCGCUUGGAGGAGGGCCCUCCAGUGAAGGCAACGCUAACGCGCGAGCAGGGCCUGCAGUAUUACCGCACCAUGCAGACGGUCAGGCGCAUGGAGCUCAAGGCCGAUCAGUUGUACAAGCAGAAGAUCAUACGGGGCUUCUGCCACCUGUAUGACGGACAGGAAGCGUGUGCUGCAGGCGUGGAAGCCGCCAUCAACCCCAGUGACCAUGUGAUCACGGCGUACCGCGCACACGGCUACACGUACACCCGCGGCGUGUCUGUCAAGGAGAUCCUGUGCGAGCUGACGGGUCGAAGAGGCGGCGUGUCCAAAGGCAAAGGCGGCUCCAUGCAUAUGUACGCGCCGCGUUUCUACGGAGGAAACGGCAUUGUGGGAGCGCAGGUCCCACUGGGUGCCGGUAUUGCUCUGGCAUGUCAGUACCAAGGCAACAAUCAGUUGUGUGUGACGCUGUACGGCGACGGCGCCGCCAAUCAGGGGCAACUCUUUGAGGCCUUCAACAUGGCCGCCCUGUGGAAGCUUCCGUGCGUUUUCAUCUGCGAGAACAACCAGUACAGCAUGGGCAUGUCGACGGAGCGGGCGUCGGCCAGCACCGACUACUACAAGAGAGGAGACUACAUCCCGGGCAUGCGAGUGGAUGGGAUGGACAUCCUGUGCGUGAGAGAGGCGGUCAAGUUUGCAGCCGACUUCUGUCGAGCCGGAAAGGGUCCAAUUGUGAUGGAGCUGCAGACCUAUCGGUACCAUGGGCACAGUAUGAGUGAUCCUGGUGUCAGUUACCGCUCUCGGGAGGAGGUCCAGGAAGUGCGCAGCAAAAACGACCCCAUCACUCUAUUGAAAGAACAAAUGCUCAGCAACAACAUGGCAUCCGUGGAAGAACUCAAGGAAUUGGACGUGGCCAUUCGGAAGGAGGUGGAGGAGGCGGCACGGUUUGCGACGGCAGACCCUGAGCCACCGUUGGACGAUAUGUGCAACCACAUCUUUAAAAAUGACCCCCCGAUGGAGGUACGUGGGACCAACCCUUGGUCUAGGCUCAAGUCUGUCAGCUAGACCGGCAGCUGGAUCCACAAAGACUCUUAUUACUCAUCAUCUGGGACUUGGACCUUUUUUUUAUCAUUCACUUUUUUGUAUAGAUGUAUUUAUUAUUAAUAUAUUAAAAUAUGAAUGUGUAUUCUGCUUGAGCUUGUUUUUCCAGGAGGAAAUUCCAUCACUAAUGUCCUCAAUCAAGACUCCAGUAUUAAGUUUUUACAGUUGGGUUGUCAAGUCUGAGGUAUUUUUUUUCCUCAAAGUUUAUCCAUGCUCAAACUUACCAAAUAAUUGCUGUAAUUGAAUAAGAAUGAUGUAAAAAAGCUAUUCAAGUACUUGGAGUUGCGAUUUAUUUGAGUCAUUGCACCAACGUAAAUGAACAAUGUAAACAUGGAAAUGUGAAAAAGCGUUUGUUGUCCAUCAAUUUAAUGAAAACAUUAAAUCUUGUCCACUUCGAAA